AUGAAUACUGAAGAUGACUCCGGUUAUGAGAUACAGACAACCAAGUUCUUUAUGAUUGCAGUACACCACCACCCCACUGGACUGCUUAAGACAGCUAAAAGUGUUGGAUUUCAAUAUCCUACUACAUUAAGAUUAUUCCACAUCGGUUAUGUUCUAGGCGUAAUAUAUGGAUUCUUGUUCUCACUCAUCUUAACAGCGAGAGAAAACUACUACUCAGAUGCUAGUCUAAUCAGUAGCAUCGUACUUGGAGUUAUCAUCUCUGAGACAGGAUUAUUUAUCAGCUUUUUCUGGGGAGUAUAUACUACGAGUUGGACUACUGGUUUAGAUCUUGAAGGUCUUUGUUUACCGGAUCCAAGUUCUCUUGUGCUUUUCAUGACCAUCAUGUUAAGUGCAUUAAGUAUAGUGGUAUCCAGCGUAUAUUUGAAAAACCAACAUUUGUAUACAAGCUGUACGAAUAUCAUGACAUUCACUUUGGUAGUCGCCUUCUUAAUGUUAGUCUGUAUCACUUUAGCGUUCCGAUAUACUUCUGAAGCAUCUUGUGCAUUUGCUAGUGUUCAACAUCUAGUUAGAGAGGUAGCAGCAGGAUGGGAAUUUAGGAUGUUGCAUGCAACAACUGCUUCUUUCGUCUUCUUGUGUAUCUUAAUACACAUGUCUCGAGGUAUGUAUAACUCCAGCUAUAGUUAUUUAACUACUGCUUGGAUGUCUGGUUUAGUUUUAUAUCUACUUACUAUAGCCACUGCUUUCCUCGGUUAUGUACUACCAUGGGGACAGAUGAGUUUCUGGGGUGCUACAGUCAUUACUAAUCUCCUUUCUCCAAUACCAUAUUUAGUACCUUGGUUACUCGGUGGAUACUAUGUAUCUGAUGUAACAUUAAAACGAUUCUUUGUAUUGCACUUUAUAUUACCUUUUGUAGGUUGCAUUCUAAUUGUAUUACACAUCUUCUAUUUACAUUUAAAUGGUUCUAGUAACCCUGCAGGUAUUGAUUCCGCACUUAAAGUAGCCUUCUAUCCUCAUAUGUUAAUGACCGAUGCUAAAUGUCUAUCCUAUCUAAUUGGUUUAAUUUUCUUACAAACGGCUUUUGGUUUGAUUGAAUUAUCGCACCCAGAUAACUCCAUACCAGUGAACCGGUUUGUAACUCCGCUUCAUAUCGUACCUGAAUGGUACUUUUUAGCAUAUUAUGCGGUGUUAAAAGUAAUCCCAUCCAAAACCGGUGGUUUGUUAGUAUUUAUGUUAUCAACAUGUCAAUGA